UACAACUUGGCAGACCGGUGGCACAGAAACGUGGACCGCAACAAACGUGACAGAAAUGAAACCAAAGAUAUCGUUAAAGGCGCUGCUGCUUCUCCUAUCAGCAAUUGCGGAGGCGAGCUCUGGCGAGCACCACAACAAGAAUGAUAGAGGAAUAAUCUAUGGCUCUGCCAACAGCUCCAGCUUGAUGCAGGGAAACACUAGAAGUACGGUGGACAAGGAGUGCCAAGAUUUCAACCAGAUAGCAAGGUGGAUCAAUCAGCAGGUGGUGGUGACCGGGAAACUAACGCGGUUCAAUCAGCGUCUGGGCCAACUGCUUCAGGCCCUCAAUAACACCGCCCCGAUCGAGCACUGCUGCUUCUACGAAAAGACCACAAUGGACAAGGUAAUGGAGUACUUAAACAACCUGGCCGAAGACCAAGGCAGUUCGGUGCAGGGAAAUUGGAAUCCUCUCAAGACAAGCGGUGAGCUGGGCCAGGACCUGGACAACAUUCUGGCCCAGAUGGGAAAGCUCAUAAGCCGGGACAUAAAGAGCUGUUGUGAUCAGCUGGUUAAGGACCUCAAGAAACAGGAAGAAAACCUGCAGAACAACUUGGAGGAGCAACGGAAGAAGCUGGAAAAAGCCAAUGGAGAGCAUGGCAAGGCGAUGGGGGAGCUGCAGGAAAGGCAAGCAGAACUAGAGAAGCAGCUGGCGGAUUUACGGGAACAGCUGGAAAAGUUUGAGGAGAAGCUAAGAAAGAGCGGAGAAAGUUUCAGCGCCAAAUGCUGCGCGAAACUCGAUGAGAAAUUACAGGACUUAGAGAGCCGAGCCACGACGGCCAAGAAUGAGGGUGUCGACAAGGCUAAGGAGUUUGAGAAAAAGUUGGACGAUCUUAAAGAUGGACAAAAAGGUCACGAAGACAAGCUGAAUGACAUCCAGAGAACAAUAAGCGAAAGAAAGGGAAAUAUAUCAAACGCCCUUGACAUGUGCAAAGAGAACUGCGGCACUGGAUCGAAUGGAGGAUCAAACCCAGGCACAUCCGAUCUAGAAACUAAAAUUGAAGCCUUAAAGAAACUAGUCAAGGAUCUUUCCACAAGGAUCGCUGAUCUGAUCCCUUCAGAUGUGUCUUUCGACAUGAAAGAGAACAUUAAAUCUUGUCAAGAUAUUGGAAAACUGCUAUCCAAUAUAGAAACUCUGCUUCAACAGUCUAUGAAAGGACACAAUCCAGCCGGACAACCAGCUGAAAUCAGUAAAGAAGGGGCCCCAUCUGAUCUCUCUGAUGGGAAGUUCGACGGUCGCAUCAAGGACCUGGAAAGGCAAGUGAAAGAGCUGCAGACACAAGUGGGAAGGUCCAGGCACUGCUGUAAAUUCCUCGAGGGUAUCGGGAAUGAUGCCAAUCAACUAAAAAUUAAUGUCGACAAAAUAAAUGAAACCUUCACCGAUCACAUUAGCGAUUUGGAAAAGAAAACGGGGCAUCUUCGAAAAAAGGUGGAUGAAGCUCUUGGAAAAAUAAAGAAGCUUGUCCCCCACAAAGGCUCUGGCGAUGGCAGUGGCAGUGGGAGCGACGACCUGCUAAUGGACAUUGACAGAGUUAAAGAGAAUCUGGACAACUCCACGAGAGAUAUCGAAAAUCUUCAGACUCAGCUGGAUAAUAUGAUGGGUCACAUUUCGGUGCUAACGAAAACUGUCAAGGAUAAGUUCGCCAUGACAGAGGAUCUCAAGACGCGCCUGCUUCAGUUGGAGAAAGUUUGCGAAGACCUAAGAAAGGAUGUUGAAAGGGCUCUGAAGCUGGUCCAGCGCAUUGAUGACCUGGAGAAACGACUUGAUGAUGCGUUGGAAAAACAGAAGCAGCUGGAGAUCCAGGUGAAUAGUUGCCUUGCCAAGUGCAAGACUUUGGACUCGAUCGAUGAUCUCAUAGAUCGCAUUGAGGAUCUGGAGAAGGUGGCCAAAAGCAAAGUCAAAACUACACGGCCGCCACGGCGUACCACCAAGAAGACAGAUGCGUGGGUGGGCGGGAUCGAUAUGGUGACCCCAUUUAUCCAACCUUAA